AUUGAAUUUGAUUUUUAAGAUCAAGUGGCACUUAUGCUGUCUUACGUUUAAAAGUUAUGAUUUUUAUUUUAUAUCUUAUCUUGAAUUAGGUGAUUUGUACACCCCUACAUAUUUGCAGGUUACCAAUACCAAUACCAAUUUUUUUGAAAGUCAAUGACCUUUUUCCUUUACUAUUGGCAGAACUGCUUAGGAGAACAAAUGAACUACUCCGUUCAGUUCAUUUCACAAGGACGCGGCUGAUGUCAACUUAUAUAUUUGUAAAAUACAAGUUGCCAAUCAAAAAAAGGCUAACUUCUCUAAUGAUAUUUAUAGUCCAUAUAUGACAGCCGAAGAAUUUUAUGUGAAGAGAAAAGCUAAAUUAUUAGAUGAAACAAUCAUUUGGCAACGAAAGACCUUUAUUUUAGUUUUAAUAUUUAAAUAUAUUGGCAUUUAAGGAAAUUUUUUACACUUUUAAAGGAAAUUGUAAACAUGUCAUCGGGCCGGCCCAUAAAGUGUGUUGUGGUUGGAGAUGGGACCGUAGGGAAAACUUGUAUGUUAAUAUCUUACACCACAGAUAGCUUUCCAGGAGAAUAUGUACCCACUGUCUUCGACAACUACUCUGCCCCUAUGGUAGUGGAUGGAAUAUCGGUAAGCUUGGGUCUGUGGGACACUGCAGGCCAAGAAGACUAUGAUCGAUUAAGGCCCUUGUCGUAUCCACAGACGGACGUUUUUUUAAUAUGCUUUAGUGUAGCUUCGCCUUCCUCAUUUGAAAAUGUUACUUCUAAGUGGUAUCCUGAAAUCAAACACCAUUGUCCAGAUGCACCUAUGAUAUUAGUUGGUACGAAAAUAGAUUUAAGAGAUGACCGAGAGACUUUGAAUGCUCUGGCUGACCAGGGGCUGAGCCCUAUCAAGAGAGAACAAGGCCAGAAGUUGGCCAAUAAAAUAAGAGCUGUGAAAUAUAUGGAAUGCUCGGCGUUAACACAGAGGGGAUUGAAGCAGGUUUUUGACGAGGCGGUUCGUGCGGUAUUGCGGCCCGAACCUCAAAAACGACGCCAACGCAAAUGCCUCAUCAUGUAAUUUCUAGUAAGUCGCAAAUGGUUGCUUUGAAUUAUUUGAGUGUGUCGGUUUGAAAACAUUUCUUUCUAAAAGAUUAUUUUAAGUUUGACUUUGUUUCUUUACUGCAAUGUUUGAAAUGUGUGAUAUGAAAAUCAUUUUGUUUCGAUUACUUGGAAUUUAAGUAAAUGAGAGAUGUUUUCAAAUUUGACAAUUUUUACCGACAUAUACCUUUUUUUUUCACAAGUGAACUGAUUUUUCUCUACUGUUAGGUAUUAUUCAGGGCAUUUAGUAAAGUUUUUUGAAUUUAAGUGUGGAUUUUUGUUUCGAGCGACCUCACACAACGAAAAAUUCUCUUAUUUUUAAGUUGAAAGAAAGACUUUUUACGAAAUCCUAAAAUUUUUCAUUGCUUUGUGCUUUAAGUGAUGACACUUUUUAAGAAUAUUUAUAUACAUACAUAAAAAAAGAUUUGUGGAUGUGACUAUUUUAUUUCACCUUUUACCUGGAAGAUAAUCAAAUUGAGAAUUAGAGAGAACCGUUGCCACUGAAACUUUAAGCUGUUUUCUAGUUAAGGUGUUUUAUAUUUGGAUACUAAGUAAUUUUUACCCGAUGUAAUCAAUCUAAGUAUAAAAAAUAACGAGUUAGGCAAAAUUUAAUAAUGCAUACUCUUUUGGUAUGGUGUAACACGUUUCUAAUAUUUUUUCUUUAAUUCAAGCACCGUGAAACGUGAAAAGCAAAGCAAAAAGUCUCCUUUAUAUGAUUGUUUGAACUUGUGAUAAAGCAUCAUAUUUUUAAUACACGUUUAUGACAUAACGAUCUGAUCAAAAACCAAAUUAAAAACUAGAUGUAAAAGAACUGUAUUCUACAAGAACUAAUUUAUAAUCAUUCAUACUCAAAAAUAUUUUAUUAUAUCUAGUUAUAGUACUGAUUUAACCCUUUUUAGCUUUUUAAAUGUUUUUUUUUUACCAAAAAUGUAUCAGGUUUAGUGAUUCUGAUAUAAGUUUACGGUUGCCAAGUUUAGAAACUACUUGUUACACAUUUUUUCAUAUACUAGAAUAUUAUAAGAACUUUUAUUAAUUAAAUCGCCAUUAUACUGAAAUUCUGAGUAACAACUAACAAGAUUCUUUAGUACAGGAAGUGAACUAACGAAUUGCAUAAUUUGGAGUUAUUUUAAACACUUUUAUUAUGCAUUUAUUUUGAAUAAGAUUUCAGGUACAGCUAUGGACAGUAAAAAGUAUCCGACCUAAAAAGGAAAAGGAGUAUUAGUUUCGUUCUUUAAACACCUUCAAGUGCUACAGGUUGGAAAUAAUUUUUGUCCACAGUUGUACAUCUAAACUUGGCAAUUAUUCCAUUCGAGGCAUUUGUUUGUAUUAUGUGUUAUUUUUGACUGCCAAAUGAUUAUUUAACGAACCUAUAUAAAAUAUCAUAUUUUUAUACGUCAAUUACAUUAAUGUAACAAAUGUUUAGGUGUACGCUUUAAUAAGACUUUUUUGUGCCAUCGCAAAAUUCUCAUUUACCUUCUCUUUGUUAUUAUAUUUAUUAAUCGUCUCCAGUAGAACAUCCAAUAUUAAUGUUAGGAUAUGCAUCGAAUAGGUUGCUUUCGAAAUUUUAUAUUAGUUAUAGUGAGAGAAGCAGCUAAAUUUUUGUCUUUUUUGAUAUUGUUCUUCACAAUUUUCUGGGAAUAUGUAUAUUCUUAGCGUUUUUGUACUACUAACAUUUUUUAAUUUACUGUUUUCGUUUUGUUAAGACCAAAGUAAUAUAAGUUCUAGUCACAAUUCAGUAAUAAUUGUUCUGCACAAGAUUUCUCAUGGCCAUCUCGUAGUGGCGUUCAAUGUUACAUUUUAUCUUAUUUUAUUUUAUUUUGGAACAUCACAUUUAUUGUAAUAUUGAAAUAAAAGUAUGUAAUUUGCAA